UUGCAGAAACAUUUGGCUUUGACUGGAGAAGACUACACUAAAAAUCCGCUCAUUUUGUAUUUCUAUGGAAUUGCUGUUGUGUCACAUGCGAUAUCCUAUAUUGUCAUUCUGAUUUCCGCUCAUUUUAUGAUGAGUACACUCAAGCAAAAACAGGGAACAAUGUCACUCGAUACCUUCGUUGCUAACGAAGCCCUCGUUCAUGCUAUCUUCGCUGAUGCUUUCUUGCCACUUAUAUUUGCGCUGCCACUUGCAGCCAAUGCGGUGCUAUCUACUUUCUACGAGAAUAGUUUACCUGAGCUUUCUAGAGUAUGGCAAGAGUUUUUCCCAGCGUACUGCAUCUCACUUGUUCCUCUGCUUUCACCCAUGAUUUCAAUGUUUUUCAUCAAGGCUUACAAAGACCUCAUGCUCUCCUUUGUCACUUUCCGAUUCUUGCGCAAGGACAAAAAGAAAGCAGAAGAAGAUCGAAAGGCUCGCGAAGAAGCGAAUUGA